CGGUGCCACAGAUAAUCCGCCCCGCAAAACCACUGCAAGCCCUACCAGCCGCACGCGAAUUUUUGAAAUCGCUUGGGGUAUCGAAGUGUAGAGCCACAACCACGCCGCCCAACGCCGGACCUCGAAUCAGCACGACAUAUUGCUGAUAUCCCUCGACCGUGGCCGGAAGAGAUUGAUCGAUCGGGAAAUCGCAAAUCGACAAGAUGCCUACCGAAGCUGGUCAUAGAUUAUACGUCAAGGGUCGCCACCUGAGUUAUCAGCGUAGCCGCCACACGACCCACGCCAAGACGAGCUUGAUCAAGAUCGAGGGCGUCGAUGACACCGCUGCUGCCAACUUCUACGCCGGCAAGCGGGUCGCAUAUGUCUACCGGGGCCAGAAGGAGGUGCGCGGCACCAAGAUCCGCGUCAUCUGGGGCAAGGUGACGAGGCCACACGGAAACUCCGGUGUCGUCCGGGCGAAGUUCACGAACCCCCUUCCUUCGAGAUCUUUUGGCGCCUCGGUUCGCAUCAUGCUCUACCCCUCCUCGAUUUAAGGGAAUGGAUCAGGCCGGAGUUAGUUGGUAAAGGUGGUUCAUGAUUUCGGUGCAUCAGGGAUAGGCAGGGCCUCAACACGCAUGGCCAUGCUUCUAGCAUUCAAAAUCAAGGCAAUACCA